CGGCUGGCGUAGUGCUGACCCUGUCGCCUGUCCGUCCACCGAAUCAUUAAUAAUUCGUCCGCCAGUGUCCGGAAAGCAGUCUCUUGUGACCAUCUGCCCUCCCCUCCAUCAGCGUGUGUGUAGAAGUAUUGGCGCUCGCCCACUUCAUCGGACAACUCCGUCACACCUUGCACUGCUUAUACCACCUCCCAUCUUCACUUGCCCGCGGGAAGCUCAUGUGAGCUGGCCUAGAUUUCCAAACUCUACCACCUCCUACUGCAGGGUGCCCUCCACACCUCGCAUUCACUCUUCUCGUCCAACAUCCUUAUCCCGCCGUCAACAUGGCCGACAUUGCCAUCACCAAACUCCAUCCGGAUUCGACAGUACAUGUGCACGACCAUGCCGGGUCUCCUCCGUCUCCCCCAGCAGAUCGCCCCAGCGUGCCCUACCAAGAGAGUGGUGCUCUCAUCAACCGCACCGAAACGGCAGACCUGCGAUGGGCCGAGAAGGCGUCCAACUCCGGCCUCAUGUGGCCCAAGAUCCGUCACGCGCUGAGGAAGCCCUUCUCUGAAUUCAUGGGCACCUUCAUCCUCAUCCUGUUCGGUGACGGCGUCGUUGCACAAGUCUUCCUGAGCAACUUCAGCCACGGCAACUAUCAGUCGGUCAACUGGGGAUGGGGUCUCGCUGUGCUGUUGGGUGUGUACACCAGUGGCAUUUCAGGAGCGCACAUCAACCCUGCCGUCACGUUCGCCAACUGCGUCUUCCGCAAAUUCCCAUGGAAGCUCUUCCCCGUCUACGCCGCCGCUCAGAUCCUCGGCGCCAUGUGCGCGGCCGCUAUCGUCUACGGCAACUACAAAUCUGCGAUCGACGUCUACGAGGGCGGCCCGGGCAUUCGCACCGUGUCUGGCCCCAAUGCCACCGCCUUCAUCUUCUGCACCUACCCUCAGGACUUCCUCAGCACGACCGGCCAAUUCUUCGAUGAAUUCAUCGGCAGCACGCUGCUGAUGUUCCUCAUCUACGUGCUGAAGGACGAUGCCAAUCUCGGCGCAGGACCGCUGACCCCUCUCGGCCUCUUCUUCAUCAUCUUCGGCAUCGGAUGCUGUUUCGGCUACCAGACGGGAUACGCCAUCAACCCGGCGCGUGAUUUUGGCCCGCGUCUCGUAACUUACAUGAUCGGCUACGGCACCGAGGUCUGGAGCGCUGGCAACUAUUACUUCUGGAUCCCCAUCGUCUCUCCCAUCCUCGGAUGCACAUUCGGUGGCUUCUUGUACGACAUGUUCCUCUUCACCGGUGACAGCCCCAUCAACACUCCCUACCUCGGCCUGUACCGCUUUUGCCCGUGGAUCGAUCGCAGCAAGUAUGUAUCCCCUCCUGACCUGUCACGAGCACGAAGCUACAAGAACGUCCCGAAACUAACAAAGUGUCACUAGGUACGACGGCGAGAAAUGGCGGCCCGAGAACUUCAGGUUGGAAGACAGCGAGAAGGCAGACAGCGAAUCCUGAUCGUCUUAAAAGCCCGAGGAGAGACAUUUUGCGCUUAUACAAAUAUCAAGCAUCUGGAGUUAUGUUGGUAUUACAUCUU